CCUCGCUUCAGCCUGCCUGGCAGAAGCACUAGUAGCUGUAGAGUCAAAGUGCAUUCAGCACCUUCCUAACUCAUCCUUAGCUACGUUUUUUUUCCCCUGCUUAGAACUGAACUGGAUUAAAAAACACCUUCUGGUUGUUUAUUAUUUGUCAUCGAUGAGCUACAGAUAAGCUUCAGCUUGGCUGUCAACAGAGUUAAUCUGGUCAGAGCACCAGUCAUAGUAAACCAGAAUCCUCCAUCAGAGAAUUGUACAACUGGUGCAAUGCCAAACUUUGAAGCUCCGGAAGUCAAAAAAUUUGUGGCUUGGGACUAUGUUGUUUUUGCCGCACUAUUUUUGGUCAGCGCCAGCAUUGGAGUCUUUUUUGCAGUUAAAGAGAGGAAAAAAAAAACUUCAAAGGAGUUUUUGGUGGGCGGUAAGCAGAUGACAUGUGGACCCAUAGCUUUUUCUCUCACAACAAGCUUCAUGUCAGCAGUAACAGUCCUGGGGACACCCUCCGAGGUUUAUCGCUACGGGGCAUCCUUUGUGCUGUUCUUUCUUUCAUACGCGCUUGUCAUCGUUUUUACUGCUGAGCUUUUUCUACCUGUCUUUUACAGAUCUGGCAUAACAAGCACUUAUGAGUAUUUGGAGUUAAGAUUUAACAAGAUUGUCCGCCUUGCUGCAACGCUGAUCUACAUCCUGCAGACGAUCCUCUACACAGGAAUAGUGGUCUAUGCUCCAUCACUGGCACUCAACCAAGUCACUGGAUUUGAUCUCUGGGGCUCUGUAGCUGCAACAGGAAUUGUCUGCACUUUCUAUUGCACUCUGGGAGGAUUAAAAGCUGUUGUCUGGACAGAUGCAUUUCAAAUGAUUGUCAUGGUGGCUGGCUUUCUGACGGUUUUGAUUCGAGGAACUAGUCUGAAUGGUGGAUCAACCAAAGUCUGGGAAGAUGCCCAUGAAGGAUCACGACUAAACAUAUUUGACUUCGAUACUGAUCCUUUGAGACGACAUACCAUCUGGACAAUAGUUAUUGGGGGAACAUUUACGUGGCUGGGGAUCUACGGAGUCAAUCAGUCCACGAUACAGAGAUGCAUCUCUUGCAAAUCAGAAAAGCACGCUAAACUGGCACUCUACCUGAAUUUAUUGGGACUUUGGACAGUCCUAGCUUGUGCAGUAUUCUGUGGAUUGGUGAUGUAUUCUCAUUACAAGAGUUGUGACCCUUGGACUGCUGAUUUCAUUUCAGCUCCUGAUCAGCUCAUGCCCUACUUUGUCAUGGACAUUUUUUCUUCGAUGCCAGGAGUCCCGGGACUGUUUGUUGCCUGUGCAUUCAGUGGAACACUAAGCACUGUAGCAGCCAGCAUCAAUGCUUUAGCAACUGUUACCUUUGAAGACUUGGUCAAGAAAGGUUUCCCAAACCUCUCUGAGAAGAUGAGCACGUGGAUCAGCAAAGGCUUAUGUGUUUUAUACGGCGUCCUGUGCACUUCCAUGGCUGCAGCAGCGUCGCUGAUGGGAGGAGUCGUGCAGGCUUCCCUCUCCAUCCACGGGAUGUGUGGGGGGCCCAUGCUGGGAAUAUUUACACUGGGAAUCGUGUUUCCUUGUGCUAACUGGAAGGGUGCUCUUGGAGGCCUCUUAGCUGGGAUCACCUUGGCUUUUUGGGCUGGUACUGGCUCUUUCAUUUACCCUGCCCCACCAACGAAGUCCAUCCCUCUGCAACUGUCGACCCUCAACUGCACGCUGGCGAACGGCACCGCGGCGCUG